GUCGUCCUCGUCGUCGUCGGGCGCGCACUCGACCCGCACCUGUUAUUUGCAUCCCGGACUUGGACCGGCCAAGCGUCGCCCUGCACGACCCCAGCCCAUCACCGCUCAGCAGCCACGCGACGAGACAGCAAACACGGUCUUUCUGCACCGCCUCGGCCGCUGCCUCGAAACCACCCCUCCUCAUAACUGAAACACCGCUGCCCUCCGCCGUUCGCUCUUUUGCACACGUUCAAAUCUCUGAGCCCCAGGGAUGCGCCCCCCUCCCCCCCUCUCCCUCUUCCCCCUCCUCUUCCUCACCCUCCCCGCCGACGCCCUCCGCUUCCCCUUCCGCACCCGCGUCCUUCGUCCCAAUGUCCACGCCCUCAUCCCUCGCGCCGACACGAACACAACCGUCGGCGUCUCCAUCCGCAACAGCCAAAACAUCCAGUACAUAGGCAACAUCUCCCUCGGAGGCACCGACUUCAACGUCGUCCUCGACACUGGAAGCUCUGACCUGUGGGUCGCCGGGUCGGUGCCCGGCGCGCAGGACACGGGCAAGGCCGUCACGCUCGCCUAUGCGAUCGGAAAGGCAACCGGAAACGUCCACACCGCCAAAUUGGGCCUCGACAACUACACCGUCGACAACCAGGCAUUCGUCCUCGUCGACGACGCCGCCAGCUUCUCAACCAACAUCACAUCCCAGGGCUAUCAGGGCCUCAUCGGCCUCGGCCCCAACACCGGCUCCGUCGUGCGCGACAAAAUCGGCUCCAGCUCCGCAGACUCCCCGCUCUUCCGCAUCUUCGAGGCUUCCAAGCCCUCACAAAACUACAUCACCAUCCUCCUCGACCGCAAGGGCGACCCCGACGAUGACUUUGCCGGCCAGCUCACCAUCGGCGAGCUCGUCCCCGGCUUCACGAACGUCACGAGCCAGCCCAAACUGACGAUCAAGGACGUGCCCACGCUCACCGACGCAGACCAGCACUGGGCCGUCUUCACCGACGUGCACGGUGUCAUUGGGCCGGACGGCGAGGCCAUCGCGAUAAAGAGCAUCGUGCCCCGCGCCCCGAGCGGUAAGCUCGUCGCCGUCAUCGACUCGGGCUUUUCCCUCCCGCAGGUCCCGCGCGCCAUGUCCGACGCGAUCUACGGCCGCGUGCAGGGCGCCAAGUACGACGAGGACGAGGAGCUGUGGACGCUGCCGUGCGACCAGGAGCUGAACAUCACGUUCAAAUUCGGCGGCAUCUCGAUACCCGUGCAUCCGCUCGACACGGCGAGCAGCGAUUUCAACCUCACCGACUCGAGCGGGUUGCCGAUCUGCGUGGGCAUGUUCCAGCCGAUCACAAGCGCGUUCAGUCUGUUGGGCGAGUAUGACAUGAUCCUCGGCAUGGCCUUCCUCCGAAACGCGUACACCCUCAUCGACUUUGGCAACUUCGUUUCCAACACCGACGACGACUCGGACCCCUUCGUGCAGCUCCUCCCGCUCACGAUCCCGGCCGAAGCGCACGCGGACUUCGUCAAAAUCCGGCUCAACAACGUCGACACGACCGGCUCCGCCUCCAAGACGCUCCUCCCCGCCUCGCAAGAGUCGCACUCCCCCGAGAGCGCGGCGGAGAAAAAGCAGCAUCGCGAGGGCCAGGUGCUCAAGUACUGGCCGUACAUCCUCGUCGGCUGCCUCGUGCUUGUCAUCCUCAUGGUCGGCGGGUGCAUAUGGGGGUGCUGCCGCCGCCGCCGCCGCAACCGCGCGAAGGGCGCCGCGCUCGCGGCCAUCCCCGGCGUGCAGAAGAACCCGUACCAGCCUAUCCACGAGCCUGCGCCGCCGAUGCACAUGCAGCCGAUGGGCGGCUACACGGACCCGUACGGGCACGGGCGGACGUCGCCCAGGAUCUGA